UUAACCAUUCCGUUCUCAAACUUUGAGGAAGGUCCCUCAAAGUGGCACCUCAGGCCCCUGACUGGCCUCAAAGGUUAUAAAUGAUCCCCUCGUCUCGCUCCACCAUGGUCUUGUACUUGCUCUUCCCAGCUGUAAUAUUAGCAGGUAUCGUGGAAACAGGCAACGUGACUGAUGCUUUCAGCAAACUUGAGGGGACACAAACAUCCAAUGUUUCCACAAAUGUUAAUGGUGUUAUCAAGCAAGGCAAUGUCACAUCUAUUCUACACAUAGAUGAGCUGAUGAAACACAAGGGGGAUCUGGGAUUCCCAAGUAACCAGACAUUCAAUGUGACUUCAGAAGACCAUGAAAAGUUUCAGGACCUGGAGCUUAUCCUCCCAAACAAGUACUGCGAUGAGGGUUUACUGGUGCAGCACAGCAAUUCGUGCUGUGGCGCAGAGUUUCACAUGGCUAUGAUGGCUAUCAGCCCGGAGCUCUGGUGUAAUCUGGACUACAUUAUCAAACCCUACAACAACAUGUCAAAAUGCAUGGAGAGACUGACUGACCUGGUAGGGUGCUAUUUCCCGAAUCCCAACGUUCAGGACUUCUUCGUGGAGAUCCACUCCACUUAUUUCCAAAACUGCUCUGAAGAAAAGCUGCUCCUGUCAGACGCCCCUCAUGGGGUGGUGGUCGUCCUCACCCUCAUCCCGGUCAGCCUCAUCCCCGUCUUGGUUUUCCUGGUGGUUUGGAAGAGCAAGAUCCGAGAGUGAGUCAAAAACACAUAUAAUAAUGUGUGGUGCUGUGUCAACAUAUAGCACGCUUAUCCUCGGAUUUGUGGAUGGUUAAUCCAACUCGGUGAAAUAAGUUCUUUUUAAUCACUAUCUUUAGAUAGAAAUAAAGCUUUAGGAUAUGAAGUCAUAGCAAGUCGCAUAUAUAUAUAUAGUAUGUGUAUAUAUAUGUGUGUGUGUGUGUGUGUGUGUGUAUAUAUCAACACGGAUACAGAAAAAAAGAUUCUAAUACAUUGCAGUACAGGCCUGUUUCGUGCGUCUCACACUCAUCAGCUGCUAAUUUCCUGUAUCCGUGUUGAUAUUCCACUCAUUAGUUGAGCACUCACAACACCAUUGACGGUUUUGGAAAAAAACCCUAUAUAUAUAUAUAUAUAUAUAUAUAUAUGUAUAUGACAGCUUGCAGAAUAACUGUGAUUCUGUACAUGAUUUUUUUAAAUAAAAGAAAUUAAUACCAAUAUAGAAAUGUAUUUAUAAUUAAAUUUUAAUGUGUUGUUAUAUCUUUUGGAGACUACCACCCGGGGGGUUGUUGUUUGCCUACAUUUUUAUCUAAAACGACGUCACAGCUUGAAUUAUGCAGCAGAUGCAGUUUGUCAUGUUAAACUGUUGUCACAAUUAAAGGUUGAUACUCAGUUAAAGGUCAAUUUCACAAGCAAUAUUCUUUUAAUUUUGAAAUUGUUAAACUAAAACAAAUAAAGAUAAUACUCAAUAUUGUAUUGUUUUUUUUUU